AUGGAUUCAUCGUUUAAAAUUGAAGAUGUGAAAAUAUGGUGGAAAUCUGAACAUGGCUCACUUGAAAAUGAUCUAAAACCCCUUGUUAAUGAUGAGGACGCAACAAUGUUAGCUAUGUGUGUUAAGGAGACUAAGUAUGAUGUUGAGAUAUAUACAAAGGCAAGAUUAUCUAGUGUUGGAGUGCAUAAUGGUGAUGGUACAGAUCAAAUGAAUAAUGCCGAUGGUACAUGUCAAAUGGAUAAUGGUCAAGGGAUACAUAAAAGGAUGACUACAACUGAGAUGGAUAGGGAACAUGUAAUUGAUGAUGGUUACAUCACAAAUGAGCUUGAUAGUGGGGCAGAUGAUGAUAGUGAUGAUAGGCCUUCAGUGACAAGGUUUAAUGAAGAUGAAAACCUUAGAAAAGAAUUUAAAAUUAAGGUGGAAAUGAAAUUUUCUUCUCUAAAGCAAUUUAAAAAGGCUGUACUGGAACACAAUGUGUUGAAUGGUAGGGAGGUUAAGUUUGCCAAAAAUGUUGGGACAAGGUGUAGGGUUGUUUGUAAGGACAAACAACAAUGUGAUUACACAGUUUUAUGCAACAAGGUUUUUAGAACAACAUCAUUCAGGAUCAAAACUCGAUUUCAGAAGCACAAAUGUGGAAGAAAGUUCUUUAACAAGAAUGCUAAUGCUGAUUGGGUAUCUAGAGUGAUUAUUGUCAAGUUGAAGAACAAUUCAACUAUGAAAUUGAAUGAACUUGUAGCAGAUGUAAGAUUGAGGUUUGCUACAGAAAUUACUAGAUGUAGGACUUUCAAAGCAAGGCAGCUAGCUAGAAAGAUUGUUGAAGGGGACUCAACCAAGCAAUAUAAUAUGCUAUGGUCAUAUGAAGCUGAAUUGAGGAGGGCAUCCAAAGGAAACACAUGUAAGUUGAACAUUUCUGGUUUGCCACCUAGGCUUAAAAGGUGCUACAUGUGCUUUGAUGGUACAAAGAAAGCAUUGAAGGUUGGAUGUAGACCAUUCAUAGGGUUAGAUGAAUGUCACAUAAUAAACAAAUAUGGUGGAAUCUUGCAGGAUAGGCCAUCCUUACAAUAA